AUGGAGACUCGAAGCGUACUCUUCCUGGGCUGGGAGAGCGAUAUCGGCGACUCUCAUAGCGAUCCGGAGAGCGGCCGCGGUUGUUGUUGCCUCUCUCUGAAGAAUGGCUCUGACGUGGAAGCCGGUCCGACGAACCAAGACGACGAUGAGCGGGUUUGUAAGAGUGGAGAGUUCUUCUGUGAUGAUGGGCACUGUGUGUCCGUGCUGUUCCUCUGUGACGGGACAGACCACUGCAGCGACGGCAGCGACGAGAGGUCUUGUCCGAACUGCACCUCGGGCUUUCGCUGCGCCGCGUCGGGGUGGUGUCUGUCCCAACAGCAGCUGUGCGACGGACAGAGCGACUGUGAAGACGCCCGGGACGAGGAUCCGCUUCUUUGUGCGUCGCAGACCACUCCCUGUGCCGCCUCAGAGCUCCAGUGCAGAGACGGACGGUGCAUCCAUCACUCCUACAAAUGUGACAACACGAACGACUGCAGCGACGGCAGCGACGAGGAAGACUGUGAUGUGAACGAGUGUCUGUUGAAUAACGGCGGCUGCCCGUCUGUGUGUGUCUGCUUCCACUGCGAAUGCCCCAACAACACGAGGCAGAGGGGGGACGGCCACUGUGAGGAAAUGAACCCGUGUCUUGAAGCUGACGUGUGUGACCAGUUGUGUUCUUACUCAGAGGACCAUCUGAGCUGCAGGUGUCAGGAGGACUAUGAGGAGGACCAUCAGGAGGACCAUCAGGAGGGCACUGCUGCAGGGGCCUGCAGAGCUAAAGGUGACGCUGCUCAGCUGUUUUUUGCUGAUCUUGAAGGAGUGCAUUUCGCCGACAUCACUGACUUUGUGCCUAAAACGCUUCAGUCUUCACACGGACGGCGGCACAUGACCGUGUUGUCCUCCAAUAACACUGUGUUCUUGGCACAGCCGGGAUCCACGUCCAUUUACAGGUUGUUAUUUGACGGGGUGCGACAUGAGGCCCAGCUGUUGUUGAAAGCAGCCGGCCCCGUGCAUGGUCUGGCGGUGGACUGGACCCGGGGCCUGCUGCUGUGGUCCAGUGCAGACUCGGGCUCUCUUCACCUCAGUGUGAUUGACGGCUCAGUGCAGCGUGUGUUGUGGACUGGACUAGACUCGCCCAGGGCUGUGGCAGUGCACCCGGAACGAGGAGUGAUCUUCUGGGCAGAGUGUGGGAAGAAUCCUAAAAUCCAGAGGUCCACGUUGGACGGCCAGAAUCGGACCACUUUAGUCAAUACUUUGAUCCAUAAACCUGUGGCUCUUUCUCUCGAUUUGCCCCGGGACCUGCUGUACUGGGCCGACCAGGGACUGAGGAGAAUCUCCAGAGUGAAUCUAGAAGGUCAUUAUCGGAAAACUGUGGUGGAAUCAAACGGGUUCCUGGACCGGCCUUUUGGACUCGCCCUGUUUGAGAGGUUUGUUUAUUGGAGCGAUGAAGCGAGUGGCUCCAUCUGCAGAGCAAACAAACACCACGGGCGGCACUUUGAGGUUCUGCUUAAAGACAUUACAUCACCGGGCUCUGUGGUCAUCGCUCACUCUGCGCUGCAGCCCAACCGGAACUCGGGUCUGACCACAUGUGCGGUGGACGCUCUCACUCUGAACAUCAGUUGCUCUGAGAACGGAUUUCCGCCCGUUUCCCGCACACUUCCUGCUUCGUCGUUAUCAGAUUCAACAUUUGCUGCUCUCCUCGCUCUCACAAUGGUUCUUAUCGUGCUCCUGCUGGGCCUGUGUCUGUGGUGGUGCAGAGAGGAGCUCCGGCCGCUUACCUCCAAUGACCACAGCCUCACGCUAAAAGAAUCCAGAGACCCACUGCUCAGGGACGCUAACAUCGACCUCAACUUAUGCCCCACUAAAGAAACUCCGGUCAGGCUCCACCUAGAGGCGGACUGGAGGAGCAGCACAGACGGCCAGACCAUCUCACCCACUCCACCCUCACUGCUCCUGCUGGCUGCUCCUCUUUAA